AUGCGGGAAGAUGCGGAACUGGCCGCUGCGUUGUACGGCGGCGCGUCGCUGGUGCUGCUGUGCGUUGCUGCGGGCACUGCAGUGUCCGCGGAGGAGCUGCAGCGAUUCCAUGGGGCCUUUCUGACGCAUUGCCGCACGGCGCUGGUGGCGGUGGUGGCCAACAAGGCAGACCUGACGAAUGGAGCAGGUUUUUGA